AUGGAUUAACAUCAUUCUAAAUCUUUUGGUGCUUUCAAUUAGUUGAACUCUCAGCUUUUUAAACCAAAACCUCUUUCUUUUAGACUUUAAAUUGGUAAAAAAUCUCUUUAAUUUCUAAGGUCCAUUACCUACUGAAAUACCGCAAGUUCUCAAAUAAGGUCUUGUCACUCCUUCAACAAAUGAUAAUGAUUCAAAGUAUUCCUCUAUCUAAUUUAGUUAUUCUCCAUCUCCAUAAUUGAGAGCUUUUAAAUCCUAUAGAGUCUCCACUGAAAUGUUAAAUGGAUCUCCUAUUGAUUAAAUUUAACUAAUUAUUAGAGAAAACGAGAACUUAAAAAAAUCAUUGAACCAAAAAUAAAAGAUAAUUGAAACCUUGACAAAAUCAUAGAAAACUAAAAUUCGAUUAGAUUUUAAUGAUUUAAAGAAGAAUUCAAGAUUCCAUAAUUAACCUCAAAGCAAAUAAGAAGCUAUUAAACCUAAAUAGUUGAAGUAAAGUAAUCUGUUUCUCAAAAUUAUAAUAAACGUACAAAGUUACCAAAAAUUGAUGAUAAUCUCUCUAAAGAUGAUGAAUGUAACUUCACUUUUGCUAAUAAUUUUUUUAAUAACAAUACCACUUGCCAAAAUUAAAAGAUCAAUUUUAAAUAAGUGUUUGCUUAAUCUCAUCUAAAGAAGAAAUUUUUCACUUGAUAUAAUUAAUAUCUAUAAAAUAUUUAAAUGACAGAAAAUUAUAAUCAUAUCACAACAUCUUAAGCUAUAUUCGAUGUUAUCAAAAGAGGUAAUUAAGUUGAAGAAACUCGAAUUCAAUUUGAAAUCAAAUGUAUUGGAACUGAAAUUGAAGAAGCUUAAAUGUAUAAAUUCAUUUUCAAAAGUAAAGGGGAAAAGAUGUAGUCAAGUAUAAAUUUACAAUCACUAAAAUUGAUUUGUCAACAGGUACCAAAACUUCUCAUGAUUUUGUCAGAAGGUAAAUCAAAAAUCAACAACUUAUAGAUAUACACAUUUUCUAUGGUUACAAAAUGAAUUGUAAAAUAAAUAAAUAGGAAGAGUAAUUCCAAGUCUCCCUGAUAAAUAAACUGUUUAUGAUAAAGAUAAAAGGUAACUCAAUCCUUUAUAUUAAUAUAGAAAAAUAGAAUUUGUUUACUUUAUGUAGAAAAUAUUAAGUAAUAAAAAAUUGUAAUAAACUGAUUGUCUAGAACGGUUUUUUAGUAAAGAAUUAUGUGUAAUCAAUUAAUUUAAUAAUCUAUAGGAUUUUGAUAAUUUUUAACAUUAUAUAGAUAAUAUGAAAGAGUCUUAAUCAAUGAUUAAUAUAUUUAUCAAUACAGGGAUAUCAUUUAUGAAUAUGUUUUAAAAAGUUUGCAAUUAUAAUUCUGUGUAGGUUUUACCUAGAAUUCCAGAUGAAAAUGAUAAAUAAUUAGAAGAAUGUAAAUUGUUAAUUAUAUUUUUAAAGAUAAGAAGGACUUGGAGUUAAAUAAAUUAAGCACUGAAAUUAUUGCUUCAGAUCUUCAUAAGAUUGUUUAGAAAUUGUAAAUAUAAGCCAGAUCCUUAUCUAAUAGUUUUGAUAUAUUUAGUAAUUUUUUUGGUAAUGAUAGUGAAUGAAUGUUAAGGAACUGAAGAAUUUACAAGGUUAAAAACAAUUAUUAAGAUUUAUGAAACAUAUGAAAUUAUAUUAAGAUAAAAAUAUAUUUUUAGAAUGGAAGCAAACAUAAAAGAUUAUGAUUAAGC